AUGGUGUCCUUCAGUUUAGGGUCUAUUGGUCGUCGCGCAACGGCUGGCUCUGGCUCAGAGAAGUCGGCGAGCUUGACUGAUGUUAAGGAGAAGGGUGACGAUGGGUACCCGGCGACUACUAAGGACGGUAUCGUCACCGAGGACGAGCUGGUCGAAGGCGGUCUUACUUUCGAGCAAGAUACUGCCGGUGGUAUGGGCCGCCAUCUCGGCGUCUUCUCCUGUACGAUGAUAGUCAUCGGCCACAUCAUCGGAACUGGUAUCUUCUCAACACCCUCCUCCAUCCUAAAAUCCGUCGGCUCAGUUGGCGCCGCAUUGUUCCUAUGGGCGCUCGGUGCUUUACUGAGCUUCUGUGGUCUUAUGAUCUGGUUGGAGCUUGGCACGACGUAUCCGAGGUCGGGCGGGGAGAAAGUGUAUUUGGAGGCGAUGUAUAAGAAGCCGAAGUAUCUUGUGACGGUCAUCUUCGCUGCGGAUGCGAUUUUGCUGGGGUUCACUGCUAGUGGGUGUAUCGUGUUUGCAUCGAAUAUCUUGGUCGCAGCUGAUGCGGAGGUCACUCGCUGGAACGAGCGAGGGAUCGCCCUUGGCGCGAUCUUCUUCGUGACUCUGCUGCAUGGCUUCACGCCUCGACUCGGAGUAUGGCUCAUGAACAUCUUCGGCGUGUUCAAGAUCGCUAUCUUGCUCUUCGUCGUAGUGUCGGGUUGGGUCGUGCUCGGUGGGCACACCAAGAUCGAGGAUCCUGGGUUCAACUUCCGCGACGCGUUCGCAGGAAGCUCGCAUAGCGGGAACGACUAUGCCACUGCCCUCUUCAAAGUUCUCAGCUCGUACGCGGGCUGGUCUGCUAUCAACUAUGUCAUGAACGAAGUCAAGGAUCCGAUCCGCACGUUCAAGAUCGCGGGUCCUCUCGGACUCGGUAUCACCACUAUACUAUACAUGUUCGCCAACAUCUCAUACUUUGCCGCGGCGACCAAAGAGGAGAUCAUGGACUCGGGCGUCACUGUCGCGUCGUUAUUCUUCAAGAAGGUCUUCGGGGAGCAGGCGCAGCGUGCGCUCACGGUCUUUGUGGCUCUCAGUGCGCUUGGGAACGUAGUGACUGUGACCUUCAAAGCAGCGCGCAUCAAUCAGGAGCUCGCAAAGGAGGGCGUGCCAUUGCCGUUCGGGAACAAGUUCUGGGCGUCGAACUGGCCGACCAGGAAGUCACCUUUGCCCGGUCUCAUCGUACAUCUCAUUCCAUCGAUCAUCGUCAUCAUCGCCCCUCCGCCAGAUGUCGCCUAUCCCUUUAUCCUUGACAUCGAGGGCUAUCCCAGCCAGAUCAUCAACUUCUUCAUCGUCAUCGGGCUCUUCUACUUGAGAUGGAAGAAACCAAACCUGCCUAGGCCGUUCAAAGUUUGGUGGCCCAUUGCCGGGUUCUAUUUGGCCGCUGCCGUCUUCCUGAUGAUUACGCCCUACCUCAAGCCCGCGAAUGGAGUAGGCGACACCCCACCGAUCCCAUACUACGUCUACUGCCUAGUCGGCAUCGGCAUUCUUCUCUUCGGCGCGUUCUAUUGGGCAAUAUGGCGCGUAGUCAUACCAAAGGUGUUCGGCUUCGACUUUGUGCCGAGGAAGGAACAGCUGGACGAUGGGACUUACUAUACGGUCUUCGACCGAAAACGCGUAUGA